UAUAACAGUGAUGUCAGAAAUAAAAUAAAUAAUUUCAAGUGUGAAUACGUCAUAAUUGCUAGUUUCUAGUAUAUUUAAACAGAAUUAACUUUUCUAAUUCGGUCACACUGCAAAUCUCACUGUUUUUGUUUCGUGAAAAUGUCCACCUACUACUUUGUUAUUGUGGGCCACAAUGAUAAUCCCAUCUACGAAAAGGAAUUCAGCACGGUGAACAAGGAACUCAGGAAAGAGGACCACAGGCACCUGAGCCAGUUUAUUGCCCAUGCCGCCUUGGAUUUGGUGGACGAGCACAAAUGGAAAACUGCCAAUAUGCAGCUGAAAUCCAUUGAUAGAUUCAAUCAGUGGUUCGUUUCGGCCUUCAUUACAGCCAGCCAAAUAAGAUUCAUCAUUGUGCAUGACAACAAAAACGAUGAGGGCAUCAAGAACUUCUUCAACGAGAUGUAUGACACGUAUAUUAAACACUCCAUGAACGCCUUCUAUCGGAUAAACACACCCAUCAAAUCCCCGAUGUUUGAGAAAAAGUCCGAGAUCUUUGGCCGGAAGUAUCUGUUAUCCUAAACUUGUUAAAAUCUUUAGCCACUAAGCACCGUUGUAAUAUAAAUAUGAUUCCAUAACUCUCGACUUUUUACGGAUUUCUAAA